AUGUUACUUCCCACUCUCUUGCUCGCAGCAGCGCAGCUGCUGAGUCCUGCGUCGGCGGCACUAUCGAUCCACGGGGCGGAUAUCUCGUCUCUGAUCGUGGAGGAAAAUGCGGGAAUCUCGUAUAAGAAUACCGCAGGGACGACGCAGAAGUUGGAGGUGAUACUGGCGGGUGCGGGGAUCAAUUCUGUGCGCCAGCGUGUGUGGGUGAAUCCUAGUGACGGGUCGUACGAUCUGGACUACAAUAUCAAGUUGGCGAAGAGGGUGCAGGCGCAGGGGAUGACGACGUAUUUGGACCUGCAUCUGAGUGAUACUUGGGCGGAUCCGAGUCAUCAGGCGACACCUUCUGGCUGGUCUACGACUGAUAUCGACACGCUUGCAUGGCAACUGUACAACUACACCAAGGAAGUCUGCGAUACCUUUGCCGACAACGGCCUGACCGUCGACAUUGUCUCGAUCGGCAACGAAAUCCGCAGCGGCCUACUCUGGCCCCUCGGCGAGACCAGCAGCUACUACAACAUCGGCCGACUCCUACACUCCGGCGCCUGGGGCGUGAAGGAUUCCAGUCUCUCGACAACCCCCAAGAUCAUGAUCCACCUCGACAACGGCUGGUCUUGGUCCGAGCAAGAAUACUUCUACAACACCGUCCUGAACAGCGAAUCGACCUUUGUCUCGUCAGACUUUGACUAUAUCGGCGUUUCCUAUUAUCCCUUCUACAGCUCUAGCGCGACACUCUCGGCAUUGAAGACUAGUUUGACAAACCUGCACUCGACGUACGGCAAGGACGUGUUGGUCGUCGAGACUAAUUGGCCGUAUUCGUGUCCCAGUCCGGCAUAUGCGUUCCCGUCGGAUCUUUCGUCUAUUCCGUUCUCUGUUGCUGGCCAGCAGACAUUUUUGAAGGAUUUGGCGGCUGUGGUUGCGGGUGUUUCGGGGGGUUGGGGAUUUAUUACUGGGAGCCGGCAUGGUUAUACGAAUGAUCAGGAGCGGGCGAGUAUGACGACGCUGGGGACAGUGUAG